AUGAUGAACUUACACAUCGAGCCCUCGGUCCCCAUCCCGCCGCUGGAGUGCAAGCUCUUGGACAUCUCGGACCACGGCCCGGUCAAGACACUCAUCCGCUCCCUUGAGACGAUCUCCACGACGGAGCUACGCAUACCAUGGGAGGUGGCUAGGAACACGAUGUUUCAUGAGUUAGCUACGGAAUGGAUGACAUAUGCAAAUGUUGCCCACUUCACUGGGGUUGACAAGCUGCUGGCGGCCAAAGCGGUCCUCAAGGUCGUCUCGAUGAAGGCCCGCAAUGACCUGGUGCAGAAGGGCGGCACGAACUGGACCACGCUGAUGACUCUCACGACUGUGUCUCGUUGUGUUUGGCGCAAUGACGUCCACCUCUACGACAAGCUUCUUCACCGACAUCCGCACGCAGCUCGCCACAUGGAAAUCCACAGUGGCAAGGUCCGGCUACGGAACCCUAUCCUCUUCGAGGCCAGUUUGGCCGAGGCCAAAAACAAGCAAUUCAACGCGGAGGACUGCGAAGACACGCCCUCCCCCUCCCGCGCUCCGCGACAGCGUGGCGUCACGGAUUCGGUGCGGCACAGUACCGGUGCGUCCCGGAGGAGCCGGAAUGCGCGCUACCGCAACUUGUGGGUUGCAUCCUCGAGGUUCGUGCAUCUGUCCGGUUUCAAGGUUAGCUCCGCCAGCGACGUCUCGACCAUCAUCCGUGACCCUGUCAAGAAGCAGGCUGCGAUCCACGACUACUGGGCCACUCAAUUCCUCGCCAAGCCUACGUCCGAUGCAGCACAAAGCGAAUUGCUCGAACGACACGGCUGCCGUUGGGAUGUUUCGGAACUACGGCCACCAGACACUGCGACGUACCGCACUUACCUCAUGCACCGAGGUCGCUCGGCACCUGGGCCAGAUGGCAUCCCGUACCCGGCGCUGCUCAACUCCACGGUCAUCGAGGCAAUCGCGGAGGUCGCCGGGCUCUGUUACCAAGCUAUUCUGCCUUACCGCGCGAUGGCCUACUCAUCGCUUGUCACACCUCCGAAGGGGCAGGAUUACCACGACAACAUUGAGGUCAUUCGCACGCCCGAGAAUCUGCGGCCGCUGAGUGGACGAAACGCCGAUGCCAAGGCUAUAGCAGGGGGCAUGGCCCUGCAAAUGCAUCCUUUUCUAUUUCGUCAAGCUCCGCCAGAGCAGCGUGGAUUCAUCAAACGCCGCCAGUUUACCGACAAUAUCGUGGAGCUGGACGCGCACAUGGUCCAGGCGUCUUUCCGGCCUGCUGGAAGUUUCAUUGCGAUGGACUAUGGUACUGCCUUCGUGUCCAUGGCCCAUAGCUGGUUGCUCAAAAUCUUGCAAUUCCAAGGUUGGCCCGAGUUCCUCAUCGGCCUUUUCCAUUCUAUGUUUGAUUUUGCUGCCACUGUUAUCUACGUCGACGGCCAAUGGAUUCCCAGUUUUCUUAUUUACACCAGCGUUUUGCAAGGCGACCCGUUGAGCUCCGUACUCUUCGUGCUCGGCACUGACCCCCUCGUCCUGGGCAUGAGGGCCGCCGUGCAUUCCAAGGGCAUCUUCAGAAUGUGCGCCGACGAUGUGGGCGUCAGCCUCUGGGACGUCCACGCGUUGAUCCCCGUCCAGAGUCUCUACGCCCUUGUCAAGGAGGCCACGGGGCCCGCCGAGAAGCUGAAUAAGUGCGUGCUUACGCCGACGGGCUCCCGGUUUACGCCGGCCGUCGUGGAGUUGAUCCGCGACUGGACCAGCAUGUCCCCUCCUGGGCUCGUCCUUCGAAUCGAAUAUUUGGGCAUGAUGCUCGGACAAAGUGCCGCCGCGAUGCAGUGGGCGAAACCCACCAGUAAAGACUCCAUCAUCGCCAAAGUCUUUCGCUUCCCACGGGAAGCCGUGCCUCCAUGGGCGGGGUACUUCAUCGACGAGCUGGGCUUCCCGACGUUGAUUCCCAUCGAAUGCUACGGCCUGUCCAUCAUGACGCGUUUCGCUUGGAAGACCUGCGCUCUCUGGAAGAAGUCCCUCGAGCUCACCCGGCGUCUUGUUGAACAACGUGGUAGUUUCGUCCAGGCCAUUGGACCGCUCACGCAGAGAUGGUGGAAGGCCCCACUUCUCGCCCUCAACCUGGAACGUGCUGCAGCAGCUCAUCCGGACUGGCACCGGCAAGGACACCUUGCUGGCCCGAAUCCAGCGUGCGAUGCAACGGGCAACCUUGAGGGAGUGGUGGGUGUCAGACUGGCCAGGUCUGAUAUCGCAGCGCUGGCAGAGCUUCACGUCAAAUGA